AUGAGCAAGCGGGGGAGAAGAGCCUUGGUCAGGGAGGUGACCAAGAACCUGAUGGUCACUCUGACAGAGCUCCAGCAUUCCUCUGAGGAGAUAGGAGAACCCUACAGAAGGACCACCAUCUCUGCAGCACUCCACCAGUCAGGCAUUUACGGUAGAGUGGCCAGACAGAAGCCACUCCUCAGUAAAAAGCACAUGACAGCCCGCUUGGACUUUGCUAGAAGGCACCUGAAGGACUCACAGACCAGGAGAAACAAAAUUCUCUGGUCUGAUGAAACGAAGAUCGGACUCUUUGGCCUGAAUGCGAAGCGUAAUGUCUGGAGGAAACCAGGUGCCACUCACCACCUCGCCAAUACCAUCCCUACAGUGAAGCAUGGUGGUGGCAGCAUCAUGCUGUGGGGAUGUUUUUCAGUGGCAGGAACUGGGAGACUUGUCAGGAUGGAGGGAAAAAUGAAUGCAGCUAAGUACAUCGAAAUCCUUGAUGAAAACCUGCUCCAGAGUGCUCGAGACCUUCGACUGGGGCGACGCUUCAUCUUCCAACAUGAUAAUGACCCUAAGCACACGGCCACGAAGACAAAGGAGUGGCUUCAGGACAAGUCUCUGAAUGUCCUUGAGUGGCCCAGCCAGAGCCCAGACUUGAACCCGAUUGAACAUCUUUUGAAAGACCUGAAAGUAGCUGUGCACCGACGCUGCCCAUCCAACCUCACUGAGCUUGAGAGGGUGUGCAAGGAAGAAUGA